AUGGCUUUCCUCAGAGAAAAUUUCUUCAAUGGCAUGAGGAGCACCCAACGAUGCGAGAAAAUGCAUCAGGUGUUGAAGUUAAACCUUACACCCCAGUUGAAACUGUACGAGUGCGUUCAAGCUUAUGACCUUGCUGUUGCUCGGCUCAGGCAUGAGAAGAGGCGGCUUCGAACUGUCAAGGAGCACACUACCCUUCUUCCCGCGACCCAAUUGCAGCCAUUAGAGAGACAUGCGAGUAAUGUCUUCACCAGGACGAUAUACAUCAUGGUCCGUAAAGAAAUGAAGAAACAGGAAAUGUACUACAGGUAUAAUGGCAGCGACAAUGGCAUUACAGCAGUCCACUACUUGAGACAUCCAUACAUAUAUUCGGAGUAUAUGGUGUCGUACGACAGGGCAACUGGCAACAUGAACUGCUCUUGCUUGAAACUCGAAAUGCUAGGUUUGCCAUAUUGCCAUAUGUUUAGAGCAAUGCUAUUCGAGAAACUCCAAAGGAUCCCCCAAAACUGCAUCAUGAAACGGUGGACUCGACAUGCUAAAGAAGGGACAGUGACCAGGGAUGCUGUAAAUACUCCCAACUCUAACCUAACGGAAAUGACACGGUCACGCCUAAGAGCACAGAUGGCUUUGUGGGGCAUCUUUGGUAGAACUACAGUGGUCCAGCCAAUAGGCAAUGCCAGUGAUCCUAAUGUGAAGCCCUCUGUACCAUUUGAGAUAGUAGAAUGA